CAUCCGACGAGCGGCCUCGCCAAUACGUAAACGUCGCGAAUUAACAUGUUUCGAGUUUAAAAUACGAAAAUAAAAUACAUAAUACAUAGAUUGUAUUAUUACGUCUAAAUUCGUCGCGAGUGACGCUAGUGUGAUACUGUGAUAUCAUAAGUGAAGUUACAAAAAUAUUGUUGUAAUUUCUUUGGAUAUAACAGUGUAAAAUAAUGAAAAAAUAUAGAACGUUUACAAAGUGUUGAAUUGUUAAAGUGUUUCCAACAAUUUCCCGCGAAAACUAUCGUUGUAUGUUUUCCCAUGGUGACAGUUUUCACACUUAGUGAUCAUGGCGCCAUCAAGCGACGGCCGCGAAUACUACUGCAAUACAUGUCGAGGUCGCCCGACCGCAACGACUUAGCUUUUCGUAGCUUACGCUACUCGGCGGAGCCUGGUGAUACUAUAGCUACAACCAAAGAAGAGGAAUGGGUGACUCGGAAGAAGAGCGAGGUGACGACCACGCGGCAGAUCGCGACGCGGGUGAAGCGCGAGCUGGUGCUGGAGGAUGGGCGCAUCCUCAGCGACUCCGGGCCCAAGAUAUCCACCUCCGUCAACGAGGAUACGCACACCACCAACUUCCAGCAGACAGAGCAUCGAGUGCCAGACGAGCAGGUGGAGCAUGAAGGUGACGCCAUCGAAGGCCAAUGGAGACACGGCGUUGAUGCUAUCAGGGCACCUCUGGAUGAGGUCGACGGCCUGCACGGCGGCGAGGUGGCCCCGGCCGGUGCUAAAGUGCUGGUGUCUUCGCAAGUGGUGGCUAACCCGGACGGCAAGGUGCGCGAGAGUCGCGACCGGAGGGUGCUCACGCGCAACGUCACUGAACGCGUCAAGGAGACGGAAGAGAAGUUCCACCGCGGCGAUACUACGCAUGAUGCUCUGAUCGCGGCUGUGAACGAGACGAAGGAGGAGGAUAUCCGCGAUGCGCUGAAGACGCAGACAGAACACCAACUGGCGCUGGUGCCGCGAGGACCGAAGCUUAUCAGGGACACCGUUGCCUACAACACCACUGUCAACACUGAUGACACUGAGGAGUUGCGAGCCUUGCGCCCGGAUGGCACUAUUGUAACGGAACGACGACACACGAAGGAACAGGAGCGCGUCUGUGACGAAGAACUUGAGGACAAGGACGAGGCCCGUUCGCUGGCCAGCAACGAGAGCGCAGUACGACACACGGGCGGCGGGACGGAGCGGCGCAAGCGUGUGGAGCACGAACGAAGCACCGACCUCAUGGCGGGAGGGCUGCGUGUCGCCACUCAUCUGCACUCUCGCACACGGACAGAAGAAGCCGAAAGGGAAGGUCAACCGAAUAUGGAAGACGAUUGGGAUAGUUUGUCCGUGCGAAUGCGACGACAGCGCCGCCUCCGCCACAACGACCACGACAAAGACUACAAGCGCCCUCUGGACUUCGACAUUGAAGAGGAAACCCGCAAGAAAGAAACCUCAAAGUGGCUCGAAAGCCAUUUCGGCAGCGAGUCCCGCUCGUCACACGAUUCCAUCGCUGAUGAAAUAGGACGACGACCCGAACCUGGAUUCUAUGUCAAGAGCAAAACAAACGAGGACGAGGGCUACUACGGGAAGACCUCUUCAGUGCCACCACCGCCAGUGUAUGCGGAUAGAGCCCUGCGCAAGACGAAGUCAUCGACCCCUUCGGACGAACGACCUGCUGUUCCCGUUAACAGGACCGGUGGAUACUUUAAAGGAGUAGCGGAUUGGUCUCAACGUCGCGCCAGCAAACCCAGAAUGCCCGAGCCACGUAGCUCGUCUCCGUCUCCGCCAGCGGUGCGGUCUCCUUACGCCAGCGAUGACCGGUUGAACGGGUCCUCCCCCAGACAUGUUUAUGGGAAGCGUGACUCGCCCCAGGGAAGGUCAUCGCCGAUCGGCCGCCGUCAUCCGCCCUCGCGCGACGAUUCCGCCUACGUAUCCUCAUCGACUAUGCACAGCCCGCCACGCGGGUCUCCGUUCCGACCGCUCGAAACAGACCGUUCUUUCCGAGAGCCUUCUGUCGAAGAUGACUACAGACCGGUUGCACCUGAAAGAAAGCACAGACAUGCUAAACAGCGACUUUCUGAAGAGCAUCGUUACGACAGUGGAUAUAGGAGUUCCUCAAGAAAUGAAAAUUCAGGCCGUUCACGCGAUAGUCGUGAGGAGGGAGCAGUGGAGCCUCCGCCUGAUUACUCUCCACCGAGGGAGCGUCGUGGUAGUUCAGACAGGGAUCGCACUCCGCCGCGCAGGCGCGAGCGUGACGAGCGCAAACAGAACCAGAAGACUCGUUUCGCGGACAACGGACGGCGUCCGUCGCCGGCGCGUAAGUCGGUGGGUUCCGCGAUCGGAAACUCGAUUAGGAAGUUAGUGGGGAAGAUUAGGUCCGCGUCCGCGGAGAGGAGGGCGCGGUGGCGGAGCUCUCGGUCGCCGUCGCCGUCGCCGGAGCACACGUCGCGCACGUACAAGCAGUACGGCGGCGAGCUGGCGCCCCCCAACGCGCCCCCGCACCGCUACUACCUCGGAGAGGACCCCUUCGCGCCCAGCAUCUACGGCCGCGAGCAUAAGUACGAGGGCAGUACACGACGCGCCGCCGCUGCCGACGCGCGCGACCACAGAGAUCGGGGUCAGUAUUCGAGCACACUCGGUCGCUUCAGUCACUCAACAAGUCGACUGAAUCCGAACAGCGAGCCUGAGGAAGAUUACACACGCAGUGCGCAGACGCUCCCGCGGAAACUGCACGACCGCAAGGAGAAGGCCAACGAAAAGCCCAGCUCCAACAAAUACUGGCAUCGGCUGACUCCCAGCAAACGAUCUACCAGCGCCAUUAAUAUAUCUAACAACGUUUCGACUUCGCCCGACGGAAAGAUCAACGGAUAUCCACCAGGUCCCGCAAAACCAGCGAGGACAUACAAAGCUCUCAACCGGAGCAAGAGUUUUGCUAUGGGCGCACCUGAACAGGACACACAUCCGCGUUACGUGUCCAGCAUGAACCGCAACUACUCUACCAUGUAUAAAUCCAACCCCCACCUUAGUCGACUUGAUGAGACUCCGGAGCAACUAAAGAGUCCCGGAAUAGUAUCCAUUAUCAACAGAAGCCAACGUGAUCUUGCUGACGCGGUGUCACGUGAGACCGAACGUAGACGUGACGGGUUAUUUGGAGCGCGUUAUGGAAAGACAACACCCAUAAGUAACGGCCAUUCUAAAAUUUACGAAGACACAGAUAAGAAAAAGAUAUUCCUCAAAGGACUUCGCGAGCGUGCUCCAGAUCUAUACCAAACUCUACACGCAGAUGACGAAUCGGAUGGUAGCAGAUUAUCGUCUAGAUAUGGCACUCCGUCUCCGCAUUAUAAAGAUCGGAUAUCUGAAGAAAGAAAAAUCCCUCUUUACAAAACAGAGUCUUUGAACCGAGAGAGCAGUCCAUUUGUGUCUCGACUAGAAACGAGGUUAAAAUCACCUGCCAUUCGUAGAGGAAGUAACAGCAGUGACAAUUAUUCAGAAACGUACAGAUAUACAACUCGUUCUGGAGAUCCAGAAAGACCGAGUGUCACUGAUACCGUGGAAACUGUCAGCAAGAAAGUGUUGCCAACAAGAGAUGGUCGUGGCAAGGAGAUUAUCGAGUCAAGAGAAGUUAACUCUGUGACUAAAAGCCGUGGAUAUAAAGGUGAACCCCUUCCAAGUGUGAAGUAUAUUGAGAACGGAUUGCGCUCCUCUCCGCUUGGCUACGAGUCAAGGAAUGGAUCGAUGCCUCUUUAUAAAGAACGAAGGAGUAGUAACUAUAAAGUGACAGAGAAAAUUAGAGAUUAUUAAUUAUUUUUAUAAAACAAUGUAUGCCAUAUUCUUCAAGUAUAUAAAAUGAAACGAAAAAAGUCAUGUGCAGACUGAACCCUUAAACGCUUUAGAUAUUAAGUUAUCUAACUUUAUCACAAUAUAAUUAACUGUAAUUUUAUAAGUUGCUUCGUUUUCUCAUGUAAAAAGUCAUACUUAAAGCUUUACUAAAGUUAAUAAAUUAAUGUGAUCUAAAAUCCGUCCAGUGUAAUAAAUUCUAAAAGGUCCAUAUUGUAACCAUAAUAUUUUUGUGAAUAAACUUACAUUUCGAUAACUAAAUUUUUAUUGAUAUUGUAGGUUUAAGGAAUAAUAAUAAUAAUGGAAUAGAAUUUAAUGACAAUGUAUCAAUAAAUAUAAUGUGUUAAUAGCACUA